AUAAUUUCUCGGCAGCUGGCUAAUUAUAUUCCUGAGGAUAUUAACAACCGUCUUGCGAGUGAUAACACCAAAGAGAAUCCGCUCGUUCAGGGAAAUUAUUCAAAAUUCAUAUGACCGUAACAUCUCAUGAUUCCGCACUGCCAAGCUGACAAACAUGGCUGAUCCGAUGGCACCUCCCGUGGAUCCCCUGCAAAACACCGGGAGCGGUGAGGUGCCGGGCCCGGGGGCCGGACCCAUCCAGCGGUCCCCAGCAGCCACCACGAGCACCGUCUACACCCGGCACAGAGAUGAGCCGUAUCACCAGCAGUCGAGUCGUAACGUGCUGGAGGCGCUCACUCAGUGGUCAACGGAGUCGCAGCGCGACCAGGAGCCUCCCUCGCGAGACAGUCCCGGCGCCUGUACCCCGACAGAUGGCGCCGACUCGACUGGCCUCUCGCACAAAGAGAGGGAGGAGAGAGUCCGCCUGUUCAAGCAGCUUCAGAUGGAGGAGGUGCAGCGGAAGAAGGAGAUGCUGGCCAAACAGGACGAGCAGGCCGCCCGGCAGCGCGAGCAAGCUGAACGGGAGCGGCGGCGACGCUACGACGAGCUGCGUCUCAAGGAGCUGGAGCGACGCACCCAGGUGGAGGAGCGUCGCCGUCAGCUGGACCAGCAGGAGUCGGAGCGGCGAGCCGUUAUCAUGAGGCGCAACGAGGAGCGCGAGGCGAUGCUGGAGACUCGCCGGCGGCACACCAAUAGUCAGAUCCUGCUGGGAUUCGGCAGCUCCACGCCCAGAUGGGAGGCAGAGCCGGACAUGGGCAAACGAUCGACGUCUACCACCAACAUCGACGGCGCGGGCGACGGUCGGAGGCCGCUGUCUGCCGCUCCCAGCGGCGGCGCUUCGACGCGACUGCGCGGCUCCGCACUGCGCGCCUCGAGCUCGAUGCACCGAGUGUUUGAGUGGUCCGAGGCGCCGCGCGCCGCCCCCCGCUCCUCCCCCGGCCCUCGCCUCCGCACCUGGGAGUUUGGGGACGACUUUACGCCGGUGGGCCGGCCCGCCGGCGGCGAUGUCACAGACGCUGGCCGCGCCCGCGACGAGGAGUCUGCCGCGUCGUCGGCCCGUCGUCGCCGCUCGGACCUGACGCCUACCGUACCGGGCUCUGGCUCGUUCCGCGCCGCGCCGCCGCCGCCGCCGGCCCGCCGCCGGCCGCCAGGUAAAGCCGUCUCCAUGACCCGGCUGGACCAGCUGUCGCGGCCGCGGCCGGCCGUCAUGCAGCCUGUGCACGAGAGCUCGCCGCCGCCGGCCGCGGGCCGCACUGCCGCCGGCCCGUCGCCCGCCAAAAGCAUGUCCAAGAGCAUGUCGCACCUGGGUCCUCGGCGGCCGGUGCCGGCGCCGCGGCCCACGAAAACUGAGCAGCUGCGGCGCGCGGCGGCGGCUCGCGAGGGCCGCCAGCCGCCGCCGGCCGACACCGGUGCCAGCGGCGCGGCCACGCCCACCUCCCCGUCGAGGCCGACCUCGUCCCUGUCCCAGCACAGCGGCGCGCCGGCCAGCGGUCCGCCGCUGCGCGCGCGCGCCUCACCGCGCCGACAGAGGCCAGUCAGCAUCGCCGGGAUCCCGGCCCGGCCGGCCACCGCCGACGCCGCCACCAAACAGACGGACGCGGCCCGUACGCCCACCGGGCCCCCCGGUGCUGCCGGUACCGGCCGCCGCUCGCUGUCCACCCAGGCACGGCCGUCUCCCGCAGCCCCGGCCAGGAGGACGCCCAAGGAUGUCAAGGCUGAGGAUGCCAAAAAGAAGAAGCUGCGCUCCAAGUCGAACACCCCGCAGCCGUCUCCCUCAGUGGAGGUGGCGCCGCCUGUUCCCGAGGAGCCGCCCGCCCAGUCGAACGGAGAGCCGGCCGGCACGGAGGGCCAGAAAGACACCCCGCAGGCCCCGUCAGAGCCCGCCAAGGAGGCGGCUGAACAGACGGCGCCGGAGGUUAAGACCGAGCCCGCGCCUGAGCCGGUGGAGGAGGGGAAGCCAGAGGUGGUCCCUGCGGCCGCAGAGGCUGAGGGGACGGAGGUGAAGGCGGAGUCUGGUGAGGCAGAGAAGCCAGUGGUGGCCGCUGAGGAGCCACAGACGGCUCCGGCCGAUACGGUGGCCCCCGCUACCGCUGUGGAGAACGGCGAGACUCAGCAGACUGAGGAGACCGCUCCAGCCGAGCCGUCUUCCGCCCCUGCUGUCUCCGCGGUGAACGGGGAGACUGAGGUGACAACAGAACACCCGACGGCCGACGCUCCAGACUCGGCCGUCCAGCCGGCCCCGGCAGAGAGCUUCGACUCCCAGCCCGCGGAGAAGCCCGCUGAGGCGCCCCAGGUCCCCGAGGCCACUGUGACACCGCCUACUCCUGUGGCCACGGCCGCUCCGGCAGACGCAAAGGCAGCGUCCCCGCCACCGGCCAAAAAGGCCGCCCCGGCGACGCCGGCCAAGAAGUCGGUGUCGCCACCACCGACCGAGGCCAGUCAGGAAACGCCUGAGAGCGCGGCCGGCCGUCGUCAGGCGGGCUACACCAGCGAGGCAGCCGCCCGGGCGGCGCUGGCCGAAAAGCGGCGCAAAGCGCGCGAGGAGGCCGAGCGUCAGGCCGAACUGGAGCGGCUGCAGCGCGAGGAGCAGGAGCGCCAGGAGCAGGAGCGCGCCCGGCAGGAGGAGGAGCGCGCCCGCCAGGAGGAGCAGGAGAUGAUGCGGCUCAUCGAGGAGGCCAAGAAGGCGGAGCAGGAGCGGCUGCAGCGCGCCAUUGAGAUGGCCGAGCAGGAGCGUCAGGAGGAGGCACGCCGCCGCGAGCAGGAGGAGCAGCAGCGCAUCCAGCGCGAGGCGGAGGAGGCGCGCGCCCGACAGGAGGCCGAGGAGGCCCGCCGGGCCGCCGCCGAAAAACUGGAGCGCGAGGAGGCCGAGCGGAAGAAGCGCCGCUCGCGCGUGGCCGAGAUCAUGAGCCGUACGCGUGGCGCCAGCACACCCACUAAGGCUGAAGAGGCCGCAGGGCUGACCCAGACCACCUCUGUGACGGACCUGAAGGCGAUGAACUCCCCGGCCUCGGCGCCGGCCGACCGCACUGUCUCGGUGAUGGACCUGAACGCCAUGAACGCCGCGCAGAGCGCGCAGCCGCCGCCGGCCGACCUGUCGGCGUCCGUCUCCGACCUGAGCGUCAUCAGCGCCGACGCGCCGGCCGCCGCCCCCGCCCCCGCCCCCGCGCCCGCCCCCGCCGCGCCCGCCGCGCCGGCGGCCGACCAGCCGGAGCCCAUGUCGACCGACUCCAGUCCUCUGCCGGCCAGUCCGGUGCACUCGAACGGAGCGGGCACGACCAACGGCCAGGCGCCGGCGGUGGAUCCGCCCGGACGCGCCGACAGCGGCGUCACCAGCGGAGAGUUCGGGUCCAGUCUGUCGUCGCUGGACCCGCUCAGCCUCAAGUCGACGUCGACGGUCAGCAACGACAACGACUCGUUGAACUCGAACGUGUCCGAGUCGACCCCGACGCCUUCGCUGACGUCUGUACCGGCGGCGGCGACGGAGGCCGAGCCGUGCCGGCCAGCACCGCAGAUCGCCGAUCUGCUCCAGAUGUAGACGGUGCGAGUGUGUCUGUGUGCUCUGGGAGGACGGUGUGAGCGGCUGUGCGCCCGUGUUGGUGUGUAUGUGCGUGUGUCAGAGACAAGUGUUACGCUGUGACCGGUCGGUGAGCCGGCCGGGGCAAUAGUGAUAUCGGCGGGCGGACUGACCCGCGCCGACAGACCGGCGGACAGCCCGUGCGCGCCGCCCCGGUGUGCCCGGGGUACUAAUACGAGUAUGUGAGCCGACAGCAGGUCUUGGACGCCCGUUUUAGCUGUAUCACACACUAAGUCGAGCGCGCUCGCUCGCGCCUGUAUACACUCUGUAUUAGCCUGCCAGCGGCGGGGUGUUACCCGUUCCUAACACUCGCCGCGCUGCUGCUGUUGGAAGUAUUCCUUAACACGUUUUCGGGGAGCGGUGCGGCCGUGGGCUGCUGGUUGACGUUUGCCGCAGACUGCGGCCGAGAAGGGGUCGCCCUGUGUGGGGCGGCCACGCCAGCCGGAGGGGCUACCGUGCACCCGCCGGCGACGGCGGGGGAGAGUUGUUCGGCAGUUCAGUCAUAUUCCCCGCGAGAAGAGUUUAUUUUGCGGCGUUCGACUGUAAAAUAAACGCCGCAGCGAUGUAAUCUAUUUCGGCGUGUUCGUGUUGGUGCGUCGCGCCGCCCGCUCGGCCAGCCGUGUCGGGCGGCGCACGGCGAAUGGACGGGUGCUGAAAUAUAAACUCGAUACUAUG